GUUCUAUUAUCAAGUGACAUGUUAUCUUAGUUUUAGCAGCCUUAUUUGAGAAUUUGGUAUAACACUUAGGACAACCCUUCAAAGUGAGAUAAAAACAAUAUAGAAUCAUUGCUGCAUUGUGUGUGUCAUACAUAGAUACACUCAUAUGUCAGAAGAUAGAAUAAAAACAAAAUUGAAUGUCGCCAAAAGAAUGAACAUUUAAGGAACAUUAAUGGCAUAAUGUUGAAGAAAAGCGUGUUAGUUGUUGUGCUGUUGGGGCUGGUAUGUUGUGAGGAACAACAACACUUCCAGCACCAUGCUUUGGUCAGUGUGGACUGCUCUAUUGAACAUAUACAGCGAGGUAUAGGACUGGACUGCGAUCAAGCUGAACCUGAAGAACUCCCAAAAUACCUAAACGAGAAAUUCAUAACUGAAUUAAAAAUCAGACAUAAAAACAUCACCAAUCUAGGACCGAAGAUAUUUGAAUCUUGGACUAAUUUGAUGAUUCUUGAGAUCACGGGAUGUGGAGUGAAGUCAAUAAGUGCAGAUGCUUUCUCAACUCUUGCAAAAUUGGAGAACCUGAACUUAGAAGGUGUCAAAUAUUACGAUAUCGAACUUGACAUCGAACAUGGCCAACUGAACAUGACAGAUGUUGAUGUCAUAUAUGAUAAUGACAUCACAGUGCUUCCUGCGUCAAUAUUCAAACACAAUGUCAACUUGAUCACACUAAUUCUGCGCAAGAAUCAAAUCGAGGAGAUCCUUGAUGGAACUUUUGUGUACCUAGAAAAUCUGGAGAAUUUGUACAUUUCGAGAAAUAAACUAAGAGAAGUAAAGAGAUCGACUCUCACUGGAUUGAAGAACCUGAAAGAUUUGGAUUUGAGUUUCAAUUUGAUUGAACACAUUGCAUCUGACACAUUCUAUGAGCUCACAAGCCUUGAGAGACUCCGCCUUGAGGGAAACCCACUGAAGGAAAUCACGAAAGAUCAUCUUCUCCCAUUGAGUAAUCUUAAAACAUUAGACCUUUUUCGAACAAACCUUAGCGUUCUCCCGAACUACUUCCCAGAGACCCUGGAAGUUAUUGAUAUUGGCAACACAGGAGUAACAACCCUUCCAAAUGCCAUAUUGGAUCUCCCUAACCUGAAGCAUCUUGGGAUGCGUGACAACCCUUGGGUGUGUACGGCUGAGAUGAUGAAAGUGGCCAGCCGACUGUGGAAUGAACCUGGUUUGGUGAGUGAGCAUGAUAAAGAAAGCUCAAUGUGUAAGUACCCUCCAGAGCUAGUUGACAAGAAGAUCGAGGACCUUGCACCUGUUGAUUUCCCACAUGAAGUCAUCCCUACUGUAAAAAUACGACCAUCCACAAAAGCCACUCUAACAGAACCCAAGGAAACCCUACCUGUGGAGGUUAAGGGAUCCACAAAGAAGGAGCCAAAAGAGAGUACUAAGGCUCAAGAAGCAACUGUUCCUUAUGAAUUCAUAUCACCUGAACCUACAGAUGAGCCAGAAAAUGCCCAAUUAGCAUCUGCAGGACCAAGUGGUACCAUGGAAGCAUUGAUUGUGGUUGGUGCAAUCUGCAGCGUUGUGAUUCUUGUGCUCGUCAUUAGCCUCUUGAUCUAUUUCUAUAGAAGGAAUAGCUUGUUGAAGUUCGAUAUGCCACAGAUCUUCAUGAAGAAUGAGCCGAUCAAUACAUACAAGACAAUGAAUCAGACACCCAAUGACUUCACAGUGGAACCCUAUCAUGAUCAACCAGGCAAUGAGCUUGAUUUAACAGAGCGAAAAGAGUAAAAUGAUUCUUUAUAACAUAUGAUCAAUAACUGUUAACACUCCUUACAUAGUAAAUUGAAACUUAUGUAUAUGGAACACCUCCUGUACUGACCAAAAGUGUUCCUUGUAGACAGUCCCUUCUUACUGUGGGUUCAAUAACAUUUUCAAAAAUUGGGCUUCACUUGGAAACAGGUCCAUAUAAGUGUUCUUUACAUGGGGAUGUUCCAUUGAACAGGUUUUUCUGUCCAUAAAUCUGUACAUAAAAAGAAGUUUAAUCUACAAUCUAUUACAAUUAUAGUAAUUAUGAACUUGGGGGUUGUUUCCAGGUAAUGUUGGGAAUAAUGAUUUUUGAAAUAAUUGCUUUUAUGAUAUUGCCAUAGUUACUGGAAAUGCUUCAGUACAUGGUGCUUGUAUGAUUUACCAUAAUUUUCCUUAGAUUCAAGCUAUUUAGGAUGCCUCAUGUAAUGAGACCCUGAUGUGCAGAGUUGAUCGGUAUACCUUCCACAACUCAUCUUUUUUUACUGGCAUUAUUUCAGUUAUGUAGAUAGCGAUGCUUCAGCACACACCUGUUUUGCUCAAACUUAGUUCAAAUAUACACUACAGUAAAACGUGUAAGUCAACUACCUAUAUGAAUCAAACAAUUUGAUUUAAAGCCAGUUUCACUCUGCUCUGUAGAUCCAUCACCCAAGCCAUGUCAUAAAACAUGUCCAAAGCAUGUCCUUGAUAGCCAAAGAAUGUCAUAAAUGAUCCUAUAUGGCCAAAGUAUGUUAAUAAGGAUCAAGCGUAUGGUGCCAUGGGGUACAAUUGUUUGAUAAGAAUUAAGAAUAAUUGUAUGGACUGGGUCAUAUAAGAAAAUGGGUCUUAUGUACCUAUGUAUAAGUUGAACAUUUUUUGGUACCAUUGGUAUUAAUGUGUAUAGAAAAACACUCAAUUAGAUUAACCUUUCUUGAAACUAUGACAAUAGACUAAUCAUUUUAAGGUUAAAUAUUGAUAGGCUUUACUGUAAUAUAUUUUUUAAAUUUCUAUACUCUGAUAUUUAUCACUUAAACUUUUUUUCCUAUUUAAGUUGCAAUCUUUUAUUCAAAUUGUUUGUGCUAUCAUCUAAAAAAUGAAAUAAUCUAAAAUCAAUAUUGUAAAUGAGUUCCACACUGUGUGUAUCAAUCAGACAUCUCAUUAAAAUCACCUUUUAGAAUAUGUAAUUAA